AUUAUAUUUUGAAAUGAGUUUCAAAUGGUACAAAAACAUGACAAUCUUGAAAUUCCUGAACCCUCUUGCUGGCUUUAAAUUUCGCUGGUUGCUGAACUUUUUGUAUGAUUUGCACUUGAGCAGUUCUUUAAUUGUUCUAGUACUAUAUGAACCUCAGUGGCAGUUUUGUUUGUUGUUUUUUUCUCUUUUUACGAAUAAUACCUUUUGGAAUCUGGAAGAUGCUUGUUUAUCAGCCUAUGAAGAGAAAAAUUCCUCCAACACCCUCCUUGUACCUGUAAGUGGAGCUCUUCAUUAGUAAUCUAGGCUCUGAAUUUGACGUAUAAAGAUUGUGAUUUUGACAUCCUAAAUUUGUUUUCUGUUCCCAAAUUUCACACAACGAUGUGUGCUUUUUUGUACGUAACUAUAUUGCUUUGCAGUUGUAAAACAAAUUUUAAUUGUUGCUGUUCCAAUUUGGAGUCUCUUAUUAUUGCAGAUCUCAUUGACCUAGUUCGCCGCAUUUUGCUCGGAGUGUGGUUGGUUUGGAUUUCUUGCUUUGACCAAAAUAGUCCACGCAAAAGGAGCUUAGGCAGAAGAAAUGCUGUCUGCUAAAUCCCUCCCUCUCUCUUCCCCUUUGAUAAAAGCAUCCAAAUCUCCUGAUGCUAAUCUCACCUCAAAAUACUACAUAGGCAUCAACAAAUGGAGUAGGAAUAAGUAUACCAAUCCUUCUCUUAGUUUUCAGAGCUCCUGCCGCGAGACAUCAUCAGAACCAGUAGUUGUACCUGAAGCACGUUCCAUGUCAGCACAAAACAGAGGCGAUUUCCUUUCGGAGGCGCUGCCUUAUAUACAAAAGUUCCAUGGCAAGACAAUUGUGGUCAAAUAUGGAGGUGCAGCCAUGGCGUCUGAGGCCCUUCAAGCAUCUGUAAUAUCUGACUUGGUUCUUCUCCAAUUUGUUGGUAUUCGCAUUGUCAUGGUCCAUGGUGAGGGUCCUGAAAUCAACCAGUGGCUUGGUAGGAUGGGCAUGGAGCCCAAGUUUGUGAAUGGACGUCGUGUCACUGAUGGAACAACCAUGGAAAUUGUUUCGAUGGUAUUGGCGGGUAAAGUUAACAAACAUCUUGUUACCUUAAUCAACAAGGCAGGGGCUUUUGCUGUUGGCUUAUCUGGUAUGGAUGGCCGUCUUUUGACUGCCAGGCCUUCCCGAAAUUCUGCUCAGCUUGGCUUCGUUGGUGAUAUAGCCACUGUGAACCCCACAGGGCUUCGAGCACUCAUUGCCAAUGGUGAUAUCCCAGUCAUUGCCUCUAUAGCUGCUGACAAGACAGGCCAGUCAUACAACAUCAAUGCAGACAUAGUUGCGGGUGAGGUUGCUGCUGCCUUGGCAGCUGAUAAGUUAAUUCUUUUGACUGAUGUGCCUGGAAUUCUAGAGGAGCGAGAUGAUCCAGGAAGUUUGGUGAAGGAAGUAGAUAUCAAAGGGGCGAGGAGGAUGAUGCAUGAUGGGAAGAUUGCAGGUGGGAUGUUUCAAAAGGUGGAUUGCUGCGUGAGGUCCGUAGCUCAAGGUGUCAGGGCUGCAAGUAUAAUUGAUGGACGAGUACGGCACUCAUUACUCCUCGAGAUUUUCACUGAUGAUGGAGUAGGAACAAUGAUCACUGGAUAAAUUGGGUAGCUUGCACACUGUUUAAAGCUACGUGCCGUUUGGAUUAGCUGUUUUUAGAGUAUUUUUAAAAAAUUUUGCUAUAAAAGAUUUUUUAAAUUAUA